AUGUACUUCUUGUUGGCAUUUGUCCUUUAUAUCCUAAUCAUUACAGUCAACUUAACUUUGAUCUUAACAGUGAUCAUGGAAAAAAGCCUCCAUGAGCCCAUGUAUAUUUUCCUCUCUAAUCUAUGUGUGAAUAGCCUUUACGGAACUAUUGGUUUUUACCCUAAAUUUUUGCUAGACUUGCAAGCUGAUACUCACACAAUAACAUACAGUUGGUGCAUAACACAAGCUUAUGUGAUUUAUACCUCAGUAAUGUGUGAAAUCACUCUUUUAACAGUGAUGUCUUAUGACCGCUAUGUGGCAAUUUGCAGACCACUGCAAUACCACAGUAUUUUGACUCCACAUGCUGUGCUUAAACUGCUUGUAGUGGCCUGGGCUUAUCCACUUUUGACAGCAGUAGCAUCUCUUAUUCUUACUCUCAGAAUACCCAUUUGUGGAUCUCACAUUCGUAAACUAUUCUGUGAUAAUCCUUCAAUACUAAAGCUGGGUUGUUCUCUAGUCACAGCCAACCAGGUAUGGGGCAUGAUACUUAUUACAGCCAUCUUCAUCAUGACAACACUGUUUGACGUAUCAUACAGUUGGGUUGGUUCAGAAAACCUGCCAAUUAGUGUACGCAAUGCAUUGGCUAUACAGUUUUUGAUUCUCCCUCCACUAUCAAAUCCAAUAACUUAUGGGCUUCAACUUCCACAGAUCCGGAAAGCAGUAUUCAGACAAGGUUGUAAACAUAAAAUGUGUCACCAGAGAUGA